CUGGUUCUUGUAAUCAGUCUUCCUUAGUGUCGACUUGUACACAUUUGCCCGCCGUAUUGACGUGACAUCCAAGGCAACACCCACUUUUUUUGUUUUUUGGAGGCUGCGGUCAUUUUUAAAAGUAGCACAAAAAAGCGCACCCCGCCAAGCCUGAAUUUUCACCCGCGACUGGCUUUUCAAACAAGCCCAAUUUGGCGGUAAAACCGCGAACCUGGCAACUCUGGAAACAAGCUUCAAAGGCAAGCGUUCUCACGGUCAUGUGAUUCAGCAAAACAGGAACCUAUACUGCCAACAGCAAACCACAGCGAGAAAUCAAUAAAAAAAAAAACAGAACAGCUUCAAGACUGGGAUGUUUGUGGGUUUCCCCACAUUAACUGCUCCCUUCAGGUCCUUCCACAACAUUUCCAUUGGAUUAAGCUCAGAACUUUGACUUGGCCCCAUUCCAAAACAUUAACUUUAUUCUUAUUGAACCAAUCCAUUAAUGAAGACAAGCCAUCCAAGCCCAGAUGCAGCAAAAAAGGCCCAAACCAUUAUACUACCACCACCGUGUUUCACAGAUGGGAUAAAGAUCUUAUGCUGUAAUGCAGUGCUUUCCUUUUUCAAACACUUUUUAUUUAAACCAAAAAGUUGUAUUUUGGUCUUAUCCUUCUACAAAACAGAUACCCAAUCCUAUCAUUAUAUUCCAUGCUUUUUGAGUGAUCUUUUUUGGUUGACCACUCCUGGAGAGGGUAACAUUAUCUAGAAUUUCAUCCAUUUGUACACAAUCUGUCUGACUGGUGGAUUGGUUUUGUAAUCUUUUGCAGCUUGAUGAGCAUUAGGAACUUUAUUGUUCAUGCUAUGAUACACUUCCACAAACUAACUUUUUCCACAUUACCAAAUUAUAAUGUAAUACUGGAUACAUUUUUCCAGUAAAUAAAUUAUCAAGUAUAUAUUUUUUGUCUCAUUUGUUUAACAGUGUUACAAUUAAGAUAGAACUACCGUACCCAUGCUUCUCCUUUGUGGCCCUCUCUUGUGACUGUCUGUCUACCAAGUGUCCUCUAGUGGUCACCUUUUAACUUAGCUGCACCUGUUAAAAAACACACAUACAAACAUGUUACACAACAUCAGAAAUGCUUCCAUUUAAUCACUAAGCUUUUAUUCAAGUGGACUUAGGAACUUAAGGGUUAACCAGAUUUGCUGACACUUAUGCAAAACUUGUGAAACUUGCUGAUCAACAAGUACAGACAUGAAACUGCUGUAACCCAGUUGUUGUUGAGAGCAGAUUCUUCUGAUCUGCAGUUAAGAUAGAAGAUAAUGCCAUGACUGAAGCACACGGACUCCAGGGUAGCGAGUCUGCUCCAGAAGGAGCACACCAUUUAACAGAAAUGAAGAUAUUACUGCUGGGCAAUAAGGCAUCAGGCAAAAGUGCCUCCAUAAGAACCAUCCUGGGCAGCGAAGAGCCAGACGUAAAGACUGCUCAGUGUGUUAAGAUCCAGGGAGAAUCAGCAGGGGUAGAGGUCACUGUGGUUGAGGCUCCAGGAUGGUGGAGAAACUACACGGUGAAGGACGGUCCCAAUUUAAAUGCUGAGGAAAUCGUACUCAGUGCCUCCUUGUGUUCUCCAGGACCACAUGUCGUGCUUCUGGUCAUACGCUUGGACACUCACUUCACAAAGACCUGCAGAGAGGCUCUGAAGGAACGUCAGGGUUUGUUUCUGAGUGAAAGCAUCUGGAGCCACUCUAUGGUGUUAUUUACAUUCGGAGACUGCCUGAGAGACACGACACUGGAGAAGCACAUCGAGAGCGAAGGGGAAGCUCUCCAGUGGCUUGUGAAGAAAUGUGGGAACAGGUUCCAUGUGUUCAACAACAAGAACCGGAACGACUCCCGGCAGGUCCAGGAACUGUUGGGAAAGAUUGAAGACAUGGUGAAGAUAAACAGUGGGGGUACUUUUGAGGUGGACAGUCAGCUUUUACAGGACUUUGAGAUCAGAAGGAGAAGGGAUGAAAUGAAAGCAAUGGAAAGACUGAUACGGGUCCAGAAGCAGAAACAAGACACUGCAUGUAGAACAGGUGAUCAAACACAACCUGAGCUAAGAAUUGUGCUGGUGGGACACAGGCACUCAGGGAAGAGCUCAGCUGGAAACACUAUCCUGGGCAGUGAAGAGUUUGAGUUGAGAAGAACAUCAAAAUGUGUGAUGAAAGAAGCAAAAGUAGCAGGAAGGCAGGUCACUGUGGUGGAAGCUCCAGGUUGGUGGAACAACUACUGCUUAAACGACUCGUCGAAGCUAACGAAACAAGAACUUCUGCACAGUGUUUCCCUCUGCCCUCCAGGACCUCACGUUCUGCUUCUGGUCCUGCGAGUGGAUGGCUCGUUCACUAAGGAAAGCACAAACCCAGUCAAAGAGCACCUGGAGCUUUUUGGACUGAGGGUCUGGGAUUACACCAUGGUGCUGUUUACCUAUGGAGACUGGCUUGGAGAAACUAGCAUUGAGCAGCAUAUUGAAAGUGAAGGGGAGGCUCUCCAGUGGCUUGUGGAAAAGUGUGGAAACAGAUACCAUCUUCUUAAUAACUACAAUAGAGGUGAUAGCGUUCAGGUCACAGAGCUCUUAGAACAGAUUGAAGGAAUUGUGGCAGAAAAUGAUCCUCAAUAUUACGAGGUCAGCAGCGAGAUAUUAGAAGAAGUGCAGAAGGGACAGAGGACAGUGGAGGAAAAUGCAAAUCUGAGCAUGUUAAAGGUGAUGAAAAACAGAACAGUUCUCAAAUGGCUAAAGGAGCUGAGGAUAGCCAUGCUUGGGAGACUGUACUCUGGGAAGAGUUCUUCUGGUAACACCAUCCUCGGCAGUGAUGUGUUUAGCUUAGAGAGAAGUUCCUAUUGUGUGAGGCACCAAGCCAAAGUAGGAACCAGAGAGAUUGUUCUAGUUGAGGUUCCAACCUGGAGUCCCUGUGUUACUGCUCAGUCUGUCAAAGAGUGUGUAACCCUGUGUGCUCCAGGUCCACACGCUGUGCUCUUCGUAAUCCAGGCAGACACCUCGUUCACAGAGACUGAAAGGAGAUCACUGGAGGUACACAUGAAACUACUUGACGAGAGGGGUUGGAAUUACUCCAUGGUGCUGUUCACGUGUGGAGACUGGCUGGGAGACUGGACUAUAGAAGAGUACAUUAAGAGUGAAGGACAAGCUCUCUGCUGGCUUGUGGAGAAAUGUGGGAAUAGGUACCAUGUCCUAAACAACCAGGACAAGGGUGAUGAUGCUCAGGUCAUGGAACUGCUGGAUAAAAUAGAAGAGAUGGUGGCUGGAAAUGGCGGGCAUUUGGUUGUACAGCCUCCAGAGAUGAGAUCUGAAGAUACUCCCUUCAUGGAACUGCUAGAUAGAACUGAAAAGAAACAGACUCCUGUUAUAGUACUACAGCCUCCACCAACCAAGUUCAAACGGAAACAUCAUGAUGGAGAAGUAUCUGAGUCUUUAAACUUUAGUACAAAUAGAAUGGACACCAGCCAACAUGAUGAGGAUAAUGAGGAAAAGCCCAAAACAGAUCAAGAAAAUGACACUUUGGAUGAAGCCACGCCUACAUUUCCAGACAAGGAUGAAAGCAGGAAAUUCAUUGAUAUGAAUGUCCACAAAGCUCAUAGUAUGCAGCACUUACAACCAACAAUGGGAGGAGAUGAUGAUUUAGAAACCAGUUCAGGCUACAGUUCUGAAGCUUCACAUCCAGGCUCUAUUGAUAGCAACCUUUACGGGUCACUAAUGUCAAUGGCUUCAUCUGUCAGUUCUGGGAUUGGUAGUUUAAGAAUCUUUGGUGCUCAAAGGUCUGAAUCAGUUAAGGACUUUAUGAAGAGACCCAAACCUGAGGAGGACAACACCGGUGAAAUGGUCCAAGACAAGCUGUCCGUCCUGGAGGAAGAUAACAGAUAGAUAACAGAAAAGACAGUUGGAUAUCUUCUGUCUGAGAUGUUGGAGGUGAUCAUUGAAAACAAGAAUUACAACACUUUGUCAGGAUAAGAAGUCUUGUAAACUGAUUACAUAACUUACUGGCUUACUGUAAAAAAAAAUAA